GGCGACAAAAUGACCAGUUUCAAUAUGGAUUUUACCUUAAAUGCUGUGCUGCGUCCGAGAGGAACUCACCCGGUAAUGAGUUCCGUCUCUUCGCCAUCUCUGGACCUUCAGAAUCUUCACUUGGGUUUUUCCAGCAAAAGGGCUUUGAGGUCUUUGAGAAGAAGAACUGGGACUUGCAUUUGUACUUCUCAGGAAGGGAGCACUUUGGAAUCGAAAAGGAGACAACAGAGUAGUAGCGGAAUAGGAAAAACCAGAUCAGUUGCAAAAGAUGAAUCUCUCAUUUCUAAAUCUCAUAUUAGUCAGCAGGAUGGGCUCCCUCCUUUGGUUAGUGCAUUGAAAGCUUCAGCUGCUCAAAAUGUAGCCAGUUUUCACUUCCCUGGCCAUAACAGGGGGCAUGCGGCACCAUCUUCUUUAACACAGCUCAUUGGACUAAGACCAUUUGUUCAUGAUUUACCUGAGCUCCCAGAGCUCGACAACCUUUUUUCUCCUGAGGGGCCCAUUUUAGAGGCACAAAGGCUAGCUGCUGAACUGUUUGGAUCAAAGGAAACAUGGUUCCUUGUUGGUGGUACUACAUGUGGGAUCCAAGCAGCAAUAAUGGCCACUUGCUCCCCUGGAGAACAUAUAAUUCUCCCUCGCAAUUCACAUAUAUCAGCCAUGUCUGCAAUGGUAUUAUCUGGAGCAAUACCUAAGUACAUUAUACCAGAGUAUAAUUGCAAUUGGGACAUUGCUGGUGGGAUCACUCCAUCACAGGUGAACAAAGCUAUUAAGGAAUUGGAGAUGGAAGGUCAAAAACCAGCUGCAGUUUUUGUCACCUCUCCUACUUAUCAUGGCAUAUGCAGCAACUUGAGUGAGAUUUCAAAGCUUUGUCAUUCUUGUGGAAUUCCUGUGAUUGUUGAUGAGGCUCAUGGAGCACACUUGGGAUUACAUCCCCAAAUGCCUCGUUCAGCUUUGAAGCUGGGUGCUGAUCUGGUGGUACAAUCCACUCAUAAAGUCCUAUGCUCUUUGACACAGUCAUCAAUGUUGCACAUGUCAGGAGAUAUUGUGGAUAGAGAGAGAAUAUGUAGGUCCCUUCAAACCCUUCAAAGCACAAGCCCCAGUUAUCUACUUUUAGCAUCAUUAGAUGCUGCUAGAGCUCAACUGGGUGAAAACCCAGAAACAAUUUUCAACGAAGCAAUGAAAUUGGCGACUGAAGCAAAAAUUCUCAUUAAGAAGAUUCCAGGUAUUACUUUGCUGGAGCUAUCAAGCUUCUCCAAAUUUCCAGCCAUUGAUCCUCUGCGCCUCACAGUUGGUUCUUGGAAACUUAGUUUAUCUGGUUACGAAGCAGAUGAUAUUUUGGAUAGGAAUCAUGGAAUUGUAUCUGAGCUUGUUGGAAGGCGAUCUAUUACAUUUGCAAUUAAUCUUGGAACUUGUAAAGAGCAUGUUCAAAGACUGGUGUCAGGAUUACAGGAGCUAUCAGCAUGUUCCUUACAAAUUGAAACAACAGAAGCAAAGGUGAAGGAUAGAGGACAUGAACCCUUCCCUGAUAUUAGCAUGAGCUUGAAUCCAAGAGAUGCCUUUUUUGCAAAUAAAAGGAAAGUUAGUAUUGGAGAGAGCCUUGGGAAGGUCUGUGGUGAGCUUAUAUGUCCGUACCCACCUGGGAUACCUGUAAUGAUUCCUGGUGAGAUUAUUACAGAGAGGGCUUUGGAUUAUUUGAAGGCUGUUAGAAGGAAGGGUGUUGUUAUUACUGGUGCUUCUGAUCCUCUACUCUCUUCCUUGGUCAUCUGUGAUGUGUGAACCAAAAAGAAAAAGAAAAGGGCAUUACAGAAAAAGGUACCAUCUUAAAUUGUUGUAUUUUAAUACGAGUCGAGAAAAAAAAAAUUCUAAAACCAGAAAUUAUGAAAAUCAGUUUAAAUUUUGGUAGAAUUUGUUCCCCUCAGAAUCAUUUUUUUAUGCAA